GGGAUUCGUUGACAUUGCGCGCCUGCUGUUGCGUGCUGGUGCACACCAAGAUGGAGAUGGCACGGGUAGGCGCGAACCUCCACUGGUAAAGGCAUGCAGAUAUGGUCGCCUGGAGGUUGUGCACCUCCUCUUGGAAGCCGGUGCUGACAGAAACAAAGUCGGUAACAGCACGCCGCUUGCCGCAGCAUGCGAAGCAGGCAAAGUGGAUAUAGUUUCCACAUUAGUAGCAGACGGCUUGGACACGGAAAGGUUUGGACCUCUGGCAAAUGCCUGCACGCAUGGCAAGGAGGAGAUUGUGAGAGUAUUGCUUCAUGCCAGGGCCAACCCAGACGGAGCUUAUGGCCUUUCAACCAGCAUGGUUCCUCUGGCAGAGGCCUCUCGUAAAGGGAGUGUAGAGGCUGCGCGCCUGCUACUGGAGGGCAGGGCGGACACAGAGCGGAGAACAAGCAACGAUCGCCAGACUGCACUGGGGAUUGCCGCGCGCGAAGGCAAGGCAGAGAUCGUACAGCUGCUGUUUCCAGACUCUCCGCA